GAGUAACAGCAAUCAGUUGCUUCCUACGUGCACACCAACCAGGGAUGGAACCCCCAACCAGGGGGAAUUCGAGAGGAGAGCUACAGCCAUUUCCAUUGUAGAACCAAGCAUGAAGGCUGAAUGUUGACUUUUAUAGAUUCUGAAUUCCUUUGGAGGCUAUUCAAAGAGCAGAUGGCUAGAUGGGGGAAGAAACUGGAAGAUUCUAAUCACGUGCCAAGGCUAAGGAACAAACAGAAGUGCCCGUUAUCUUAGAGACUGGCCAGAAAAGACAGAGGUGCUCAAGAACAGCCUGUGGAUGCAUUAUAUGAAGAGGUGGUGAUUAAGGUCAUACAGCAGGAGUGGACAUGUUUGGCUUUCCAUCAGCUACCCUGCUGGACUGUCAUGGAAGAUAUGCACAGAAUGUAGCAUUUUUCAAUGUGAUGACAGAGGCCCACAACAAAUAUGAUCACUCUGAGGCCACAGGAUCCUCAAGCUUGGAUUUCCAGAAUUCUUUCAGAAGAGAGAAGCUGGAACAAAAAUCCCCAGAUUUUAAGACACUACAGGAAGAUCCACCUGGAGUGAAACAGAGGGUCUAUGAGUGCCAGGAAUGUGGAAAAUCCUUCAGGCAAAAGGGUAGUCUAACAUUACAUGAGAGAAUCCACACUGGUCAAAAGCCCUUUGAGUGUACCCAUUGUGGAAAAAGCUUCAGGGCCAAAGGCAAUCUUGUUACACAUCAGCGAAUACACACAGGAGAGAAGCCCUAUCAGUGCAAGGAGUGUGGGAAAAGCUUUAGUCAACGAGGUAGUCUGGCUGUUCAUGAAAGACUCCACACUGGACAGAAACCCUAUGAAUGUGCUAUUUGUCAGAGAAGUUUCAGGAACCAGAGUAACCUUGCUGUUCAUAGAAGAGUUCAUAGUGGUGAGAAGCCCUAUAGAUGUGAUCAGUGUGGAAAAGCCUUCAGUCAGAAAGGAAGCUUAAUUGUUCACAUCAGAGUCCACACAGGCCUGAAACCAUAUGCCUGCGUACAAUGCAGGAAGAGUUUCCAUACCAGGGGAAAUUGUAUCCUACAUGGCAAAAUCCACACAGGAGAGACACCAUAUCUAUGUGGCCAAUGUGGGAAAAGCUUCACUCAGAGAGGAAGUUUGGCAGUGCACCAGCGAACCUGCUCACAAAGGCUCACCCUUUAACCACAUUCUUCAAAGAGAACUCUAUGAAUUAAGAGUACGAAAUCAGCUGAGAUCAAGCAGCCUAUCCAAUUCUAUGGACUGAAAGGAGACUCUCAGAAAGACCAUCACUGGGUAGGACAAACUGACUUUUCUUUUUUCCAAAUGAGUAUGAAAAAUAAAUGUCUUAUUUAUCCUCA